UAAAGGCGGAUUAAAGAUUUAAUAGGAAAAUCCCACUAGUUUGGCGCCUGCACCUAAACUGGCGAGGGAGAAUCAUUUCCCUGUUCUUGGUUGGAGAUUCCUCUCUGUCAAUUCUCCAUUAUUGGCAUUAGCCCACUUCUUCUAUUCUCUUUCUGACUCUGCCAUGGCAACUCUUUUCAGGCAGUUUUCACCGCCUCCUGCUGCUAUGACAUCCCAAAUAAAUCACUCACCAACACCUUCAUUUUUUCCGAUUCAAACGACCCACAGCAAACCUUCGAGAAAAUUAAUCAAUCACAGAAUCAAUACUAGCAAGUUUGGUAAUUUUCUUGAGCUUACACCCGAGCGCAAACCUGAGUUGCUAGACUUUGAUCUCUCCUGGGUCAACCCCUCUGAUCGCUGUCGCUUCGACGUCGUCGUCAUCGGCACCGGACCGGCUGGCCUCCGUCUGGCUGAGCAAGUCUCAAGUCACGGAAUCAAGGUAUGUUGCGUUGAUACUUCACCGCUUUCUGAAUGGCCUAACAAUUAUGGAGUUUGGGUUGAUGAGUUUGAAAGCAUAGGACUUGAAGAUUGUUUGGAUAAAACUUGGGCCAUGACUUCUGUUUAUAUAAAUGAUCAUAAAACCAAGUACUUGGACAGGUCUUACGGUCGACUUAGUAGAAAUAAACUCAAGUUGAAGAUGAUGGAGAAUUGUGUCAAAAAUGGGGUUAAAUUCCACAAGGCUAAGGUUUGGGAAGUGAAUCAUCAAGAGUUUGAAUCUUCAAUCAUUUGUGAUGAUGGAAAAGAGUUUAAAGCAAGUCUGGUUGUUGAUGCAAGUGGUUUUACAAGCUCUUUUAUUGAAUAUAACAAGCAUAGAAAUCAUGGUUAUCAGAUUGCUCAUGGAAUUUUAGCUGAAGUGGAGAGUCAUCCUUACGAUUUAGACAAGAUGGUUUUAAUGGAUUGGAGAGAUACCCAUUUGGGGAAUGAGCCUGAAUUAAGAGCUAACAAUAAAAAACUCCCUACUUUUCUGUAUGCCAUGCCGUUUGAUUCAAACUUAAUAUUCUUGGAAGAAACUUCAUUAGUGAGCAGGCCAGUGUUAUCUUACGUGGAGAUAAAGAGAAGAAUGGUUGCCAGGCUUAGAUAUCUUGGAAUCAGAGUGAAAAGAGUGAUAGAAGAUGAAAAAUGUUUGAUCCCAAUGGGGGGUCCUUUGCCCACAAUGCCUCAAAAUUUGAUGGCAAUAGGUGGGACUUCUGGGUUGGUUCAUCCUUCCACUGGGUACCAGGUGGCUCGGACUCUGGCUUUAGCCCCUGCUGUGGCUAGUGCAAUAGCAGAGUGCCUCGGCUCCACCCGGAUGGUCAGAGGCCGGCCACUUCACCGCAAAGUUUGGAAUGAGUUGUGGCCAAUGGAGAGGAAAAGUAGCCGAGAAUUUUAUUCUUUUGGUAUGGAGACAUUGUUGAAGCUUGAUUUAAAUGGGACUAGAAACUUUUUCAAUGCAUUUUUUGAUUUGGAUCCUUACUAUUGGCACGGGUUUCUGUCCUCAAGGUUAUCUUUUGGAGAGCUGGUUUGCUUGAGCUUGUCUUUGUUUGUACGUGCGUCAAAUUAUUCCAGGUUCGAUAUUGUUACCAAGUGUCCUAUGCCUCUAGUUAAAAUGAUGGGCAAUCUGGCACUUGAAGCCAUUUGAAGAUUGAGGGUUGUAGCUAUAAUUUCGUUGAGCAAUUGUGCUUCUUUCAUUUACGAAUUCAUGUUGAUCAAGUAUAAACUCGCUCGAUUAUUGA